AGAGAGAUGAUAUGUGGAGUCCAGUCUGGGGGAGAGGAGAAAGCAGCUCGUCUUGCAUCUCUAAGAAAAGCACUAAGAAACCCAGAGACCCAACAAACUUUCAUUAAAUCAGAGAACAGCAUGCACAUGUUGAUCGGACAGCUCAGCUCUCAUAAUGCUCAGUGCCAGCUGGAAGCCGCACGCUGUCUGCAUGAGCUGUCUCACUCUACUCACCCCAGUGUAGGGCAGGCCUGUCUGCCUGCCGGCCCGUACCUCCUCACUUACCUUUCCAGUCAGAGCACCAAGCUAACGGAACUUUGUUUAUACACUCUGGGAAAUCUGUGUCCUGACAGCGCUGUGGUGAGAGAGAAGCUUCUAGCUCAGGGAAUAGUUUCUGCACUGGCAAACUGCAUUCAAAAUCAGAGGUAUAAUCUGGUGGUGGUGGAGGCGGUUGGCUUCACUUUGUCUCAACUGUUACAGGUGAAAGACACAAAUGAAAAAAUCAUCCCAGCGGUCAUGGCUUCAGGAAUAGUCCCUCAUGUGAUCUCAGCGUUGACUCCAGAUCCUGAGUUUGGUUAUGGGCCAGCGACUGAGUGUACCUGGUGUUUGCACUAUUUAGUCAGCAGUAAUUCGGAUAACUCAAUGCUGGUUGCUCAAGGCGCCCUCUCUCAGUGCAGUGCUGUUUUGAUAACACUAGGAAGCGCUGUUGCUCAAGGAAACCUUGAGGGUGGAAUAGAGUUGGUAAGUCAAUACAGCAAAACAUUUUAUACCCACAUCACGUACAUACUGCACAUCUGGGUUAGGAUGAGAGUAAUUUUGAAUUAGUGUGUUCACUGAAUAGAAACAUUGCCUAUUUAUAAUUCAAUUAUUAAUGCUUUUAUAAUCAAUGCUUACUAUUGCAUUAUUUUAUGAAUUUCACAAAAGCAAGUCAUAUUUAAACUU